UACCAGGCGUGUCACCUAAGGAGGGUAAGGGGCUUUCACCCACACCAAAGUGCCUUUUUGGGUGCGGGGGAGGAAGCUCGUAACUGAGUAAAGCAGGAAGGACCAAUGUCGUUUGGCCUUCCUACUUCAGCUAUGUAUGAACACAUGCUCAGCGAGCACCUGAGGACGAGGAGGCACGAGGAAGACUGCGAGAACAUGUUGGGAUCACUAUUUGGGAAUGACUGAAAAGGCCCACAAAGAUUACUUAAAGGAGAUUCUUCUGGUGCUCUUCCGUCAACCAAUGGCUCUGAGAUGCUAAUGUUGCACUACAGGCUCUGGGAUGUCCACGACGCUGCUGUGCUCCUCUGCUUCACGUUGUACAUGUGUCACCUAGCCGGGGCCAUCUCUAUCCAAUCAUCCCAGCAAGGCCUCACCCGGUCUGUGCAGGAGGACGUGUUCUUCUCCGUGGCCGUGGCCUGCAAUGGCACCCCUACCAUCCAGUGGACCUUCAUGUCCAGCUCGGUGAGCCGCGACGUCGGCACCUGGCGCCCUGGCGCCUUCACCAACAUCACGGCGGACUACAGCAGCCGCGUGGAAGCGCACGACAACGGCUCCAUGGGCCUGUCGGAUCUGCGCCUGCAGGAUGCAGGUUAUUACAUGGUGACGAUCACUGACGAGAUGGGUAGCAGCAAGGAUGUAGGAUUUGUCCUCAAAGUCAACGAGGUUUUGUAUGAGGACCUGCAAUACCUGUCGGUUUCGGCCUUGGCGCUGGCCUGCUUAGCGGGCCUCCUCAUGCUGACCAUGUGGCUCUUGGACAAAGCCUACAGGAAGAUUGUGGCAUGGAAGCGCAGGAAGCAGAUGCCAGAAAAUGACGCAACGGAGCUACAGCCUCUUUGACACAUUUGUCGGGACUACAUUUUUACAUGUCGCCGGAAGGACUGUUUUCCCCCCCCCCCUUCUUCACCUCAGUGGAUGUGGUGUAUAAGAACUAAGACUGAGGUGCUCACAGAGGAUUUUUUUUAUACAUGGACAUCACUGUAAAAUAUUGUAUUUAUUGCCAAAAUAUGAGAUUAUUUGGAGUAACUGCCACUAGGUCGAUUGUGUCCUCCCUCUUAACACACAAGCACGCGCACAACAUUGGUCAUGUGACAUAACAGAGGAAGUCCAACAGAACAGGAUUCUCAAACUUUUUAGGUCCAAGUACCCCUUACUGAGGAGAAAUCUUUCCAAGGAAUCCCUCAUAAUCGUAACGACAAGUAAACAUACAUGUAAAUAUUGUAUCUAAAAAUCUAAAUGUUGUAGGAAUAAAAAAGUAGCCUAUUUUUGAUAAAAAAAAGUUAUGAAAAGAUGUUUUUUUUAGAAAGAUAAUUCAUCCAUCCAUUUUCUGUACCGCUUAUCUUCACUAGGGUCGUGGGUAGAAAGUUUAUUUUGAAGAAUACAUUUACAUUUUCUUCAAGAAAAAAAGGCAUAAGCUUUAGGAGAAAGAUGAAUUUAUGAGAAUAAAGUCAGAUUUCUUCCAAAAUAAAGUUGCAAUACAGUGGACUCUGCCAUUUUGCGAGGGAUAGGGACUGGGACCGGUAGCAAAUAGCGAAAAUCCUCAAAUAAUCAAGACUCUUUAUAAUUGCCAUGAAAGAAAUAACUUUUUCUUUUCUGCAAAAAAACCAACAAAAAAAAACCACUCAAAUAAACAGGGAGUUUUGCAAAUAACGGGGUAUGAGUUCACCCCCCCAAAAAAAUCUACGAAUAGAUGAAUCCGUGAAUGCUGAACCGCAAAUAUGCAGGGAUCCACUGUAUUAUGAUAUUAAAGUAAGGGAAGAAAGUCAUAUUUUAACUUCAGACGCUAAACUGAAAUGCUGUGGAAUUAACUGAAAUGUUAAAAUGUAGAGUGUGAGACUUGGAAUGGUUUGAGUCAGCUGAAAAAUGUGGAAGGAGGUGGCAAAUAUGUACAUCUUAAUUUGGGAUUUUUUGUGAAAAAUAGGAAUUCUGGGAAUAGGAAUAGUUCCCAAGAUGUCCCAAAUGAGCUGAAUAUUUUAAGUUGGAAACAUUUGAAUCGGUGAACAAAUGAGGAAGGAGAAGCCAAUUAUGUUAAAUAGCUAUUCAAUUUGGGAAUUUUAUUGUGAAAAUGUGCUAUUUGGGAAUGUGGAAAAUAGUUCCCGAGAUGUUCUGAACGAACGGAACGGUUUGAAUUUGGAACGGGAAAGAUGACACAAAUGUUUCAUUCACAUUUUUUUUUUGUGUGGUGAAAAUGUGGAAUCUAGGAAAAGUGGAAAUUUUUGGAAUGUGAAAAUGCACGUCCUGAAGUUGAGAAAUAUAUCAGGAGAAGUGUGUCUAAAAAAGUGGGGAGAAUCAUAAUAAAAAAAGUUACAUUUUUUUGGUCUAGAA